AUGGAGCUGAACGUUACCAAAGACAGGUGCCUGGCCCUCACAGCCCAGGCUGAGUCUACAGCUGCCCAGCCUGUCUCUGCUCCUGACCCUGCCCUGCUGACUGGGCCUCACGCAGCUCUGAAGCUGGGUUUGGGCGGCUUCAAGAAGGUGUGUCGUCUGGAGGAGGACACCCCCUGCCCCUUCCCCGGGCUGCCGUCCGGUUUCUUGGAGAUGCGUGUGAAAGAGGGCAGCAAGAUCCGUAACCUGAUGGGCUUUGCCAUGGCUCGCAUGCAGGGCGGCGGCGGCGGCGACGGCGACGGCAGGCAGGGGUCCGGACUCCGGCAGGUGGUCUUCACGGGCUCGGGUCGGGCCGUGACCAAGACCAUCACCUGCGUGGAGAUCAUGAAGCGUAAGAUGGGCGGCCUGCACCAGGUGACCAAGCUGAGGUAUAAAGGCGUGAGGGAAGUCUGGGGAAGCGAUGAAGGAGGAGGUUCGGAGAUGACGGUGCACAGAACCGUGCCCUCCAUCAGCAUCCUUCUCUCCAAGGACCAGCUGGAUCCUCAGGAGCCCGGCUACCAGCCGCCCGAGACACACGGCACACUGUGGGAAGAAGGGGACGGACUGGAAAGCCCACAGGACCCCGGGAAGAGAGCUCUGAGGCUGACGGAUUUGUCUGGUCAGCCCCAGUCAAAGAGAGUGUGUUUACAGGGGGGGAGCUCUGUUGAGUGA